AUGCCUAAAGACACUAAGCUAUAUGACAUACUGGGCGUCCGCCCGGAUGCAGAUGCGACGCAAAUCAGACAUGCAUACAUGCAACGAUCUAAGCAGACACAUCCUGAUAGACCCAAAGGAGAUUCAGCUCUGUUCGCAAGGUUGGCCACGGCUUACAAUAUCUUGAUCGACCCCAAGGAAAAGGCAGCCUACGAUCGAGAUGGAUACAAGCACACCCCGCUCUCCGAUCAGGAUGCUAAGGCAAGCUUUUCCGACGCAUACAAGGAUGAAUAUGUACUGGAUGACGAAGCCGCCAACUUGAUAGACCACUGGGUGCAAGAGGAGACUCUUGAUGAAGUACCGAAGAUCAGUCUUGGCACUGAUUUUGAAGGCGUUCCAGAGAAUCUUGCGAAACUCUUCGGCGACUAUAGCCUCAUGUCCUCCUCCCCAAGAGGUAGACAGGCGAUUAACAAUCUGGCAUCCUAUUGCGGGAAACAUUUCGGCGCCCGCAAUGAACAGAUCCUGAAGGAUUGGGACGGGAAAGACCAAUUGACUCCCUUCAUCGGUAACCAGUACUACACUCGAGACGGUGGCCUGGUGGAUAAGCCAGAGGUUUUGAAGUUGACUUGGCCUAUAAAUGAUCUUAUGAAGCUUCACCGAGAAUUCGAGGACGACUUUCGUCAACUUCUCGAAGGCUCGGCCGGAGCGCUUGAAGUUCUGCGCGUGGCACAUCGCCCGAGGUACAAUGCCAUGCUUACACAAAAUCUUCCGGUUAUGGAGGGUGUGGCCAAGAAGAUCGUCUGGGCCACUAUUGAUGAGACUCUACGGGAGCUUAGAAACCUCGCAUCCAAAGAGAAAGGAGUAGACACGGUAUGGAAGACGAAGAGAGUCAAGUAUGAUACGCUUGCACGGCAACACCGCUUUCCACCGGACUGGACGCAGAUGGUUGACGAGAAGUUGGCACCUGACCUCAAGAGGACGAUUGCUACUCAAUCGACGUGGAAGCCAACCACUGCUGCUGCUCAAUCGAAGGGGAAGCCUGCCACCGUCGAGAGUGAAGUUAGGGACGAGGUCGGUCAUGAUCUCGGAGUAGCUGGACCUGUAACCUAUCCAGAUCUUGGUCCCAUCUCAGCUCCAAGCACGAGAGGCAGUGGAACAACCCAUGCUAUUACAGCUACUGGUGACGAUAAUACUCAGGCUGCAGGAUCUCCAUUGCGAAGUCCCAAGGGUAAAGAGGCGAUCCGGCCGGACACGAAUGUUCUUCAUGACGAUGUCACUAGAUCCAUCAUGCCGCCAAACAACAGAGAUGCAUCUGUCCACCAGGUUCACGCCGAGUCAAGCUCUAGUCAGAUUGGUGCCCCUGUGUCGCGAGAUCUGGGAACACUGGAAGAUGCUAGCGCUGAAAUUUUUGUCCGUGAUUGGAAGCAGAACUCCUUCAAGGUCUUUGGCUGGCGGACUUUCGGAAGAGCUGAGCAGAUAUUUCUGGAGACCGAAAGUGGUCAGCAGUUGGAUUCCAGCAGUGGUCGACGGUCGGCGCUAAAGAUACUUCGCAUCGAGUCCGCAAGUCCAUAUCGUGCGACGCUCGAGACCGUCAAGCAACAGCCCAUGCUAGACCUGAAUCGCAAACAGCUGAUGCAUGACGACCUGCGACGACACGACCUUAGUGAUCUCAACAUAGUAGCAUUUGCUCAGAAGACGCCAGGCGUUGCGCCAGCAUCCGGCUACCCUCGGGACACCCCGUGCUACUUCAUCUCGAAGUCUGAGUCAGGUUAUGGCAUUGCGACAAAAUCUGAUAUGAUGAGAGCUUACGGCGAUCAUGCAGUGGGACGUAUGGUCGACGAGAUCUGGAAGAGUGGUUCUAAGGAUCUUAUAAAGCUGAAGCCAAUGCAAAAGCGCCUGGCGAUGGAAUAUGCCGCCAUGAAUGACAGCGACUCAGACAGCGACUCGGAUUCGAGCGAAACCCCGCUCAUGUCUCGUGACGGUAGACGAGAGGUGAGGCGGCUUGGCUCGGGGUACAGAGCUCGCCCAGCACAGCCAUACUUGAUGCUUGGGGCGAGACAAGGGAAAGCUCAUGCCGAGCAGUCGCAGGAUCGUGUUGAAAGUGCAGUCGCUGGCCUCGAGGACCUAUCACUGGCUGGGCGCAAGAUCGUGUUUUCCAACUAUCCUGCCAUGACUGGUGAACCUCAGACGGCUAUAGAAGCUCUGAACAAGCUUAGGGAAGCAGCCACAGAUGGUAAGGGCGAGGAUCUGGCAGUCAUAGACCAGUUGCUGAAAGCUGCGCUAGAGCUCAGAGCAAAGGAGAAUCAGCGUGUCUACGUUUGA